AUGAGCGAUCGCGACCGCGAGGUGGUGGGGGAGGCGGCGCGGGAGCGGAUCCGCCCGGUGGAGGAGGCGGGGAAGAUGCUGGAAUGGGACUGGGGGAGUGAGCGGCUCGCGGUUGCCGAGUCGUGCCUGCCAUCCCGUGUCGCGGAAGCGAGGCCGCUAGUGGCACAGGAGCUCUGGAGCGCCGCAAGAGCGUUGUAUAUCAGCAACGAGCAUGUAAGUAGCCUGACCCUGAUCCCUGUCCGCGUCGGCUAUGUCCCCGCGUCUUUCCUCACCUGCCUAUAG